UGUUACCAGCCAGUAAAUCUGGCAUCACACCAACACAACAGUGCAAGUGAGACGAGCAGCCUGGGAAAAAAAAAAAAAAAAAUCAGUCAUCUUAACCUGCAGAAGAAUAUGAUGUGGCACUAGAUGAGAUAUUUCAGCUUAUGUUAGGCUAACAUUUCUAAUCUGUUAACACUGAGUUGAUAAAAUCACAGUUAAAUGUCAAGCCCUGUCUUAAGUUUGGUUUAGCUUUGUUUUGUUUUAUUCUGAAAUAAUAAUUCCGAGAGGUCUGAUUGGUAGGGUACAGCUUUAGGGAGCUUUGGUGUUUGGCCACUCUUCCUUUUAUUGAUUCUGGCAGCUAUUGGCUAACAGCCCCUGAGCUCAGCCCUGUCAAGUUCAUCUCAGCGCACUGCACACAAGAACCAAAAAAAAAAAAAAAAAACCUACUCAACCCAACACUUGAUCCAGGCUUUUCCUUUGGAGGAGAAACGUCUUGCCCCGCAGAGGACAGGAAUAUGACUGCAGAGUCCCUUAACUUCGGUCCAGAAUGGCUCCGUGCACUAUCUCGAGGGGGGAGUGUGACCUCUCCUCCUCAAUCCCCCGCCAUGCCAAAGUCCAAGCUGGCCGACUAUCGCUACGGCCGCGAGGAGAUGCUAGCACUUUAUAUCAAAGAUAAUAAGGUUCCAGAUCAGCUGCAGGAUAAGGAGUUUGGCCCGGUCCUGCAGGACCAACCUCUGCAGCCUCUAGCUCUGGAGCCUCUGACUGAGGAGGAGCAGGUAGAAGAUUGGCUAUCGUUGAGGAACUUUUCCAUGUCUGUGAACAGCUCUGCUGUGCUGAGGCUCAUGGGGAAAGGGGGCGGGGCCCCUCCGAUGGGUGUGGCCCGUGGCAGAGGGACUGUUCGAGGAGGAGGAGGAAGAGGAAGGGGAAGAGGAGAGGGCGGAUUCUACCAAAGAGGUCCAGAGGAGGGCGAGGUGGGCUUUGGCCGCAGCAGAGAGAUCAAUCGCAGCCAGAGCUGGGAUGACCGAGGAGAGCGGCGAUUUGAGAAGCCCCUGCGGAGAGAAGGGGUGCGGGUGGGCUUCGAGGAAGGGGCGGCCGUAGUGCCACGGAAAGACUACUCGCGCUCUGACAGCGACAACUGGCGCACGCUGAGGGAGGAGCAGCAGGAGGAGGAGGAAGCGGCAGCAGCAGCGGCGGCGGCGGCAGCAGCAGCAGGAGGAGUAGCUGCAGCAGCACCAGCAGCAGCAGCAUCAGCUGGAACAACUGAGCCAGGUUCAAGCUGGAGGACCAUGGGAGGGAGACAUGAUGACGGGGGCCCUCGCUCGGCCGGAUGGCGCGAUCACACUGGGGAGGGCCGGCGUAAGAAGUUUGACUUUGACUUCGACUUCGGGGAGGGGGGCCGGCGGCGCAACAUGGACAACGACGGGCUCCCUGAGUGGUGCACUGACGAGGAGGACGGCGAGAUGGGUACCUUCGACUCGUCCGGAGCCUUCAUGUGCAUCAAGAAGAACUUGCGGGACCCCAUCCCUGAGGACCAGGAGUUUGAGUUUGAGGCUCUGGAGGAGGAGAACGGUCUGGAGAGUGCUGGAGAGGGAGAAGAUGGUGGGCUGGUGAUGCUGACUGUAAGUGAGGUGGAGAUGAUGUCUAUGACUGGACCUUCGUUUUCCUCGCCCCCUGCCCUCUCUGCCCCUCCACCACCUCAGUCUCAGCCCCCCUCCACCAAUACAGAGCCUGCAUCCUCUGCUGCAGCACCGCCCACAAACACCACUCGAGAGCCUGCUGAAGAUAAGGCACCACCAGGGGGCAUCGCUCGGCUGAGCACCAACUCCUCCCAGAGUGUCUCCUCUCCCCCUUCAUCUGCCGCUGCAAGAGCAGACCUCCCACCAGCAGGUGGAGACAAUGAGGAGGAGGAGCGCAUGAAGCACUUGCAGCAGGAGGCAGAGAAGAUGGUGGCGUCCCUUCAGGACACGUCCUUGGAGGAGGAGCGUUUCACACAGGCCCUGCAGGAGAGCCACGGUGUGGGCAUGGGUGUGGCCGUGGGUGCUGGGGCGGGAGCUAGCGCCUCCACGCACACACACCCCCACACGCACCAGACGGGGGCCUCGGCGCAUUCCCAUUCCCACCCCCACCCGGCCACAUCGCACUCCCUGUCGUACCCGGCCAGCGCACUCCCGCUCUCUCACGAGGCAGCCAUGAAGUGGUUCUACAAAGACCCCCAAGCAGAGAUCCAAGGCCCAUUCUCCACAGUGGAGAUGUGUGAGUGGUUCCAGGCGGGCUACUUCACCAUGACCCUGCUGGUCAAGCGGGGCUGUGACGAGGGCUUCCAGCCCCUGGGCGACGUCAUCAAGAUGUGGGGGCGCGUGCCUUUCUCCCCCGGGCCCUCCCCACCACCCCUGCUGAGCAACAUGGACCAGGAAGUAUUUAAGAAGCAGCUUGAGCAGGUGGCCUCUGCAGCCUUGUACCAGCAGCAACUCCAGAGGAGAUACCAGCAUAUGAACAGCAGCAGUGGCGGAAGCGGCAGCAGCAGUGGCAGCAGCAGCAGGUGUGGGGAGUCCGGCAUGAUGCCAGCUAUGAACAGGUCCAUGUCUGUGCCGGACACCGGACCUAUGUGGGAUAUGCAUACCUCAGCUUCACAGCAGUCAGGCGGUGAAGCCAGUCUGUGGGACUUAACCAUAGGCAACUUACCUCAGGGGCUAAGUCUGGAGCAGCUGCAGCAGAAGCUUCAGCAGGAGCGUCGUGAAGCUGAACUCAGGGCUAAGAGGGAGGAGGAGGACAGGAAACGGAGGGAGGAGAAGAGAAGGCAGCAGCAGGAGGAGCAGAAGAGGAGAGAGGAGGAGGAGGAAAUUUUCCACCGCAAACAGCAGUGUCGUCAGCAGCAGGAGCUGCUCAUGAAGCUGCUCCAGCAGAGCCAGCAGCAGCAGCAGCCGGUGGGGAGCGUGGGGGCCCAGUCACAGGGUCCCUGCUGGAACUCAGCCCAGCCCAAGCCCCCUAAGACCUCCCUCAACCUGCUGGAGAUGGAGACCGAGAGGCUGCUGAAGCAGCAGCAGAGGGCCCAGCAACAGCAGCAGCAGCAGCAGAGAGAGCGGCAGCAGCAGCAGCAGCAGCAUGCUGGGCUGACGAUGGGCCAGUGGAGUGAUGGUGGCGUGGGGGGGAUGUGGGGCGCUGGGGGUCUGGAGGGGAAGGUGACAGCCAGCGGAGGUGGUGGUGGUGGUGGUGGUGGGGGCGGCAGCUCUGGAGGGAUGGGCCUGUGGGACGAGGCCGUGAAGAACCAGAGCAGCCACCGUAGCAUGGGCCUCAAGAACAGCCGCAGCAGCCCCUCACUUAGCGAGCAGUACAUGAUGCGGCGGAAGCAAACGGAGGAUGAGGAGAAGCUGCUGCGUCUGCUGCAGGGCAUCAAGCCGCAGCCUCAGGACGGCUUCACCACCUGGAGCGAGCAGAUGCUGCACGCGCUCAACACCAACGCCAACAACUCCUCCUCCUCUCAGGAAGUGGCCACCAUCGUGGCGUAUCUUAAGGAGGUGGAGUCGCCUUACGAGGUGCACGACUUCAUCCGCGCCUACCUGGGGGACACUGCGGAAGCCAAAGAGUUCGCCAAGCAGUUCCUGGAGCGUCGUGCCAAACAGAAAGCUAACCAGCAGAGGCAGCAGCAGCAGCAGCAACAGCAGCUAUCAAAGGAGCUGUCUGGACUGAACAUGAACUUCCCUCUGCAGUCCAUGUUCCAGGCAUCCCAUAGUGGGAAAAGCAGCGUGUACGACACCCAGGGGAGCAAGAUGAAGAAGAAGCCCAACAUGAUGCUCCACUCUGACCCCAGCAUUCUAGGCUACUCAUUCUUGGGUGCUGGGGAGCGAAUGAUCCUGGGCGAGAUGGAAACCGUGGAGGAUUACUAACCCAGCAGAACUUACCUGAGUCUACCGGAGGCCUUAAAAUCUGGACUGAACAGCAAGAAGAAUGUGCACUGCUCAGUAGAAGGGGACGGUGGGAGGGGCUGUCAGCCUUUGUGUGUGUGUAUGUCCCCAAGUCCAUCUCCUCGAUAUCGAUUACCCUCAACCACCCCCCCCCCCCCCCCCCCCUCCAAACGUAUUAUCUUUCCUCUGUCUUUAUCUCUCUUUCCCAUUACUGACUAUCCUUAAAGACUUGCCUUAUAUGUGUGUGUUCUGCCUCCGAGCGCUAAACCGCUGAGGUAGCAUGUGUAGCUUAGCUGGUUCACAGUGUGUGUUAGCGCCUAGCACUUCAACCCUCAGUCUGCCAUCAGCGCUGUUAGCAACAGUUAGCUCAGGCUAACAUGCGCUGGUGAAUGGGCUAAGGCUUCACGAAAGGUGACCGCUGAGGUUAUCUGUGUUGCAGGGUGGUUAAGGCCUACACCGGUUACACAUGAGACUGACGGUUUGCAGAUUUUGGGAAAUCCAGGGUGUCUCAAUGAAGUUUGUGGAAGGCUAAAGUCAGUUUUUGUCCCUGUCGUUCAUAUUGAUCGUUUGUUUGUUUGUGGGUUGUCAAGCCCCAGCCCUCCUCUGAGCAUGAGUAAGGAGAGUAGUUGGAGUGUGCAGUGAAGCUGCCAAGGCUCCUUCUGCACUUCCUACAUUAAGCACCUUAAGAACUUAACGCACUUUGUUACGAUUUUUCAAUUUCAAUAUUUGAAAUGGAAGUUGAUUUUUUUUGUUUGUUUUAUCUGUUUUUUUUCUUGUUUGUUUUUCUUUUCUUAUUUUUCUUUUUUUUUUUACAAUGGAAACUGUGUGAAUAUUUUUCUGUUGCAUAUAUUAUGUGUAGAGUAUUCAUAUACACACACAUUUGUGUGAGUAUGUAUAUACAUUAGUGCGCCAGAGGUAACUUCUGCUUUUUAGAGUCUUGGAAAGAUCAAGGAUGAGAAUACAAAGUGAACAGGAGUCUUUUUAUGAGUCGGCAGAAAAUUGAUUUGUUCUUGAAAGAAAAAAAAACACUGUUGUAUUUUUUCAUGUUCAUAUAAAAAGGUAGAGCUAUAAAAACAUGUUUUUUUAACUUGAAGAUUUGCACUUGUUUAGAAAAACAAACAAAAGUACAGAAAAAAGUUAGCGUUAGCAUAGGGGUUUGGAAGACUUAUUUUUAUGAUCACAAGUGUGAUUGUGAGUUCGAGUGUGUCGGAUGAAGAAUUCUGCACAAUUGUUUUUAUACCAACAUGUAUAAACAAAUGCCAUGUUUUUAUUUGGUUCGUAUGAUAAUUUUGUACUUCAUUGAGCAUAUAUACUGGUGUGUAUGCAAGCGUGUAUGCAAGUUAGCCUGCAUGUGUGAAUGUAUGUGGGAUUUAGAGAAUGAGCGCGAAAAGAAUGUUUGCAAUCAUUUUGUACAUGGUUUCUGAAAGCGUGAAGAAAAAAGAAAAAAAAAAGUGAUUGGCGAGGGCAGUUGAAAAUUGCAUGGCCAGCACUCAGCAGAAGGGCUGGUUGAGGUAUUCACUCUCUUCUUUUGCCAUUGGUGCUGUGUUGCUCUCUCGCUCUCCUCUGAUUGGACAGUUAAGAGCCAAGUGAUUGGUUGCUGAAAUCUAAUAUUGUGUGUGUAACUGCUCUGUUUUUUUUUUUCUUUCUUUACAUCAUUAUAAAACUGCAUUACCUGCCACCCCCACUCCCCACUCUAAUGCCACUCACAGCUUUUGCAGAGUUACUGCAUAGUCUAUAACCCUGAGCUGGGGGUGUGGUGUGGGGUGGGGGGGAGGGCGCAUUUAGAUGUGAACUAUUUGCCUUUAACUCUGUUUGAGUGAGUUCUGAUUUCUAAUUGGCUGGUUUACACAGUCGUCAUGGCGCUGUGAUUCUGUGUGAUAGCGUUGCCGUGCUAAGUUACUUAUUUUUGUUGAUGUAUAGGACGAUUUAUUUUUUUAUUGUUGUACACACAAAGUGAAAAAGUAUUUGAACUGUAUGAUUUGGAGCACUUUAAGGCUGCUACCUUAUUGUAUUUUUGAAUAUUGCAUUUUGUUUUGUCAUAUUUCUUGUUUUUAAUGUUUGUUUGUUUCUUAUUUUGGUUGUGUUUUUGUCUGACGUUUUAAUUGCUUGCCUCUGUGGGAAGUGAAUUAUGAAUGUAUGAGAGAAAAAAAGUAUAUAAUGUAUAACUAUGAUAAAACCAGAUAUUUCAGCAAGAUUAUAAAAAAAUGUCUGGGAAGAAGAGCUUUUUUGGGGGGGAAAUACUUCAACAUAAAUAGAAUGAAAACUGAACAAGGAAAGUGCAUGGAUUCAGCACACUGCCUUGUCAUACUGUUCUUCCAAGAUUUCCAUAGACUUUUUUUCUUCCCCUCGAGGAAGCUUUUGAGAGCAUCUUGAGUGGCAUUUUUCUGUUUUUUUACGAGACUUCAUUCUCAUAGACUCAUGGCAGAUUGUAUGCAUGGACAACAGAGCGAACAUAAGCGUGCUGCAUCUUGUGAUGUCACUUCCUCUCAUCCGUGUGAUUCACUAAAGCCAAGGAGAUAUGGUGUUCAUCAAUGAAAGAAAGAAAAGAAAAAAAAAAGAUAUCAAUUUUGUUCUUUACAUAUAUCAAUUGUUGGAACUGAGGGAUAUGAUUCUUUUUUUAGUGGCCCAAAUCUCACGAAGAAACUGAACAUUAGGGCAGUGGAAUUGUCGGUACUUGAUCUUCACAGAAACCAACCCUUUUGACUGCUUUGUGCAUUUGUCAGUCAUUAGUUUCUUGGUCUGGGUUUUAUUGGAGUUUUUUUUUGGUUUUUUUACCGGAAGCAGAUGAACAGGAUGUACAGUGGACUUCUUGCCUUUGUGACUGCAUAGGAACUAUCUCUCUGCAGAAGGAAGAGGCUAUCAUUUCAAGCCAGCUUCAGGCACAAUACCAUCCACCACUUUUAGUUGAGGAAAUUGGACAGUGAGGAAUGUCUCAAAUUGGAGGGGAACAUUUCUUUUUUUUUUUUCUCCUCCCCUCCACUUCUCUGUUUCAUCAGUGAUUUUUUUUUUUUUUUUUUUUUUAUUUCGUUUUUUUUUUAGUUUUUUUGGGAGGGGGGCGCACUUCUGAGACAACUGUAGACAUGGUUUUGGUUUUGGAGAUAUAUUUUGCCACAGAAGAUGCCCUUGCUUAGAAUGAAGGAAACAUGUUAAGGAGUAAUUCAGCAGAAAGUUUGUGGGAAAAGAAAUCUAAGCUACCAUGACUGAACGAGUAACAAAAAUAACUCUGUUUGAGGUGCUGUGGCUGUGAUGCUUUGCUGAAUAUUUUGAAUGUUCUGGAGAGAAGUUGGGUUGUGGACUUUUACAAGAAACCAGUUUCUCCCUAUUUAGUUUAAUGGACAUCUGUUGUAAAUGGACAGUAUCCCAGUGGAAUCCUUCUUUGGUCAUUCCUGAAGAGGAUGGAGAACAUCUUGAGUUCUGGAAAAUCUGAGGAAAAUCCCUUGAAAGACACAAAAAGGACAGUCUACUACCUGGUCACCAAUUGGGACUGAUGGACUCGCCCCCCUCACACACUGGAGGAUCUGAUGGUCUGGCAUGCAGCCAAUGGGAAGCGCUGGAGAAGGAGAACAUGGAUGUGAACGGUGUCAAACGAAAGUUGGACACAUUUGGAUUCAGAGUUCACCAUUUUGGAGCAUUGCGUUGUGGGCAGAUCCUUUAAAGUGAAUGUGGACCAUUUCACAAACUGAACCUUUGGUGACUGUUGCGAUACAUUGACUGACUCUCUCGCACACACGCACGCACACACACUGACUAAAACACAUGAUACACAUUUAAAAAUACCUGCUUAGGGGUCUUGAACUUGGCACGGGAUGCCCUGUAUAUAAUGUUUAUGCUUUUUGUCCCCAUUGACCUCUUGGGUUUUGUUGUUUUUGUCUUUUUUAACAUGCCUUAACUACACAAAAUAGAACUGCCAUAGAGAUGGUUGGGUUUCUUACCCAAAGACACAUGUACAAAAACACUUUAAAAAUGAAAAUGCCCAGACGCUACCAGACAUACCAACAGGAAGUUUGGGGAUGCAGUGUGUCCAUGAUCUGGGCCCUCUGUUUCUUGGACGAGGUUGUUACUGUCUAACAUAGUAAACAUAGUCAUGGAAAAAUUGCAGAGCUGCUGGGGGAAAAUAAUGCCACGAUGUUGUGCUUGUACAGUCUGAAUGUCACAGCAAAUGAAUACUUUUUAAUUCUGUUUUUUUUUUUUUUUUUUAACAUUGUUAACGUUGGCAUUUAUAUAAAGAAAGAAACACCACUGCUGGACUGGUUGUACUCCCUCCUUUAGUCAAGAGUCAAUUAAAUUCCAUUUGUAAAUGAACAUGGUGAGAACUAAGACAAGGGCAUAGGCUUUUUUUUUUCUUUGAAGAGAUCAAAAAAAUGUUAAACAUAAAUAAACAUUUGUUUUAAACGUU